AUGAUAUUUAUUCAGAUGUUCAUUCUUUUAUUGUUACAAGAAAAAAUCAAAUAUAUAAUUUCAAUAAGAACUGAUACAUUUAAGAAUACUUAUAUAUUACAACACGAGAAAAACAGUUACCUCCAAAGUGGAAGGGAAAGUAGAAGAAAAGAAAUUUCUACUUUUGUUAAUCCAACUUAUCGAAAAGGUUUGAAAUCCUUUAAUCGUUACAUAGUUGAUCGAGUAAGGAAUAACCCUAAAUAUUUAUCAUCUGUAGAACUAAAUUUCCAAUGUUUUCAAUCCAAGAGAAAAGAAACGAAAGAUGUUCUUACCAUAUCUCCAAUUCAGAACACCACACACAGUGGAAGCACAGCCAUAAUUGGGGAGGAGGCUGAUGAUGAUGAUGGUGAUUAUCAAAAUGGUAUUCAAAACAAAACAAAAGAAUCCCCAGAUAAGUACAUGAAACGUAUCAAAAUUAGCCAAAUGAGGAAUAAAGGAAAAACUAAUUUAAUCAAAGAUCCUUUGAUCAAAGGAUUCGUUAAGUAUCCUGAAAUAGAAAAACUUGUUCGAGGGAAGAAGAAGAAGAAAAAAAAAGUAGGAGACGAAGCAGUAGAAGGAGACGAAGCAGUAGAAGAAGACAAAGAAGUAGAAGAAGACGAAGAAGUAGAAGAAGACGAAGAAGUAGAAGAAGACGAAGAAGACGAAGAAGUUGAAGAAGACGAAGAAGUUGAAGAAGACGAAGGAGAAGAGGGGAAUGCCGAAAGAAGGAGAUACAGAAACAGAAAAGGAAGAACAAGCAUAACAAGUGACCUCAUGAACAACAACAAUGGUUAUUACAGAAAAAAGGGAAAUCUUCAUAAAGUCGUAGAUAUACAAAACACAAAUGUGCGAAGUUAUUUAUUAAGUCCUGAUGAAAAAAGAUCCCUGAACCUACUGAACUACAUCUAUCAAUCGUGGAAGGAAAAGAAUUUUUCCAAUUUCGUGACAGCCAUAAAAGAUGAAGGGUUCGAUUACACAUGUGUAGAAAAGUGGCUACACAAAAUGUCAAUAGGAUUGAACAAUAAGUACAUUAAAAUAUAUAUAAAAAAGAACUACAUUUUAAUAAAAAAUAAAUAUUUCGACUCAGAUAAGAAGAGAGUGAAAGAAUUUCACUUAAGCUACAACGAAAUUAAUAAAUGUUUAAAAAUUUUGAUAAACCAUAUUGAUAAAUUUUGCUCCUAUGAGUUAUCUUCCAUUUUAUGGGCAAUCACAAUAAUUUUGUUAAAACUGUUUAAAAGUUCGAGUAGUGUAGAUACUAGCGUUUGUGUGACAUGUUCAGAAUUUCAGGAGGUAGCUAAUACACUUGUACAUAAUUUUAGAAAAUUUUUUUCUUUAAUUAUUUCUAAUUUGAAUAAGGUUAAAGAUCACUUAUCUAUUGAUGAAUCACUAUGGGCUAUAUGGAGCUUAUGCAAGUUGCUUUACUUCAACGUGUUGUCAGUAGGAAUUGAUCGAAAUAUUAGAAGAGGAGGAAGAGAAGAAGAAGAAGAAGAAGUUGGUGGAUCUGAGGGGAAUGUCAAUCUUGUUUCUAUAAAUGCCGGUGAGGGUACUGGGAAGAAGAACGACCAGUUGAUAAAUCUUACAAAAAAAGAAGAACCUGUAUGGUUGAAAGAGGAAGACAGAAGUAGAAACAGAGAGAAGGAUGGGAAAAUCGAGUGCACUUUUCACCAAGUAGCCUUCUUGAUGAAUAAAUUUCAACUGGAUGAAGAAAGCGUGAAAAACAUACUAGACAUUUUUAACUAUAUAUAUAUAAAAUUGUACAAUAACUUAAAUUUUUUGAACGAGAAAUAUUAUAUAUACAUUCCAUUUAUCAUAUUUGAAUCUCAGACAUUGUUAUUAAGAAGUAGUAUUUUAUUACUUAACAAAAUUAUUCACGUAAUUCUAAAAAGAAAUAUUUUAUUGUCUCUUUUUAAUUUUGAAAAGUUAAAAAAGUUACAUUCGACAAAUUUAGCACACAAAAAUGCGGAUAAACAGAAUACGAACCGACAUAACACCGACAUAUUUAGAAUAAAAACACUAAGCAAGGUGUAUAAACUGAUUAAGUGCAUUUCCAAAAUAUUUUACCCUUUGAAAAAUCCAAACAUUCGAAACUUGAAUCUGCAUAAUAAUUAUACCAGUUUGGACGUGGCUGUUUUGGGAGACUUUGUCAGUGCAUGCAAUCAUGCUUUGGUCAAGUAUUUGGAUUACUUUGUGUUCAUCACCCAACAAAGGGGAUUCUCUCAGCCCACCAUGCACUCGAGUAUGCAUUCGAGCAUGCAGAUAGACAUGAAUGAAGUUAUCGACGCGGACCUAGUGACGGACCCCGUGACAGACCCCGUGACAGACACAGAUGAAGGAAACAUAUGGAAGAAGGGAGCGAGCACAGUUGAGAUAGGUAAAGUAGUACAUGAUGGGAAGGCGGAAGAAGGGCAUUCAAUGAGUGGGAAGAGCAGUAAGGAGAAGUUUGAGUUGAAGAACCGUGCACGCAUGGAACACAAGAAUGAAUUGAUUUUCAUUUACAACUGUUUGAAAAGUUCGCUGGUUUCUCUGAUUAAGCUAGAUCUGAAGGACAAGUACAUGUAUGAAUGGUUAAAUGAAAACAUACACCUCUUUCAGUUUGGCAAUCCUAGCGAGGAGACAGGAGUGGGCCCCAAUGGAAUGAAACAUUUUCUCUAUUAUGAUGGUGAGUCAAUGGAGAAAGCAGAAAAAAGUGAAGAAAAUGAUGCAGAAAAAAGUACAAAAAAACUUGGUGGAGAAAAAAGUGUAGAAAAAGAUGACGACACCAUGGAAAAUCCACAUUUGGACGAAUCAUCACGAAAAGAACGCAAUGUUAGAUGUGACUCAUCGGAGGAUCAUCAUCCAAGUGGUGAGAACAUUCUACAGGGAGGAAAAGGUGUAGGAAUGAGUUCUUCUUGUGCAUCUGAUGAGGGGAGAGAAAUUGGAUGCCCUAAUAACGCCCCUCAUUUUGAUAAGAACAGAAGUGAUGAGUUAAUGGCAUUGCAUAGAACAUCAAUAGAGAAUGACAUUAAGGAGGUUGAUGAGAAGUUGGAGAAGAGACCCUUGUCCAGUCUUUGUGGAGAGGAUAUUUCAAAUGUGGAAAAUAAUUCACAUGAUGUAUGUCUAGAUGUAUUAGCGUUAAGCAAAUUUACAAAAUUGUAUAGCACAGAAAUGAAGAGAAAAUUAAUUGAAAAUGUAAAGAGAAGUAUUGAAGAAUCUUUGAAGCAGCUUGGAUAUAUUUACAACACAAGUAAUGAGGAAAUGAAUUAUCCAAGAUACAUAUCUAUUAACGAUAUAUAUAUUGUUAAGGAGAAGCAUAUAAAAGAAUUGUAUGAUGAAGAGACAAAAACAUUUUAUCAGAAAAAUAGAAAAAUGAAAUUUCGAAAUAUUAUAAUGCCAAAACAGUUGGCAAUUUAUGUAAACUAUCUAGGGAGAAAUUUAAACUUAAUUGAAACGAAGAAACAAUUGAACGAAAUAUUUCUCCUUUCAGUAGGGUAUGCUAAUUUAACAAAAUUUAAUUAUUUUACAUCAAAUGAUAUAAUUCAUUUUUUACAAGGUUUAUUAAACUAUUAUGAAUUAAAAAAAGGUUCUUCUAAUUUGUUUAAUGAGCAAGUUAAUAAAAUGUUAACACUUCUAUGUACCAUUGUGGAGAAUUCUUUCCACAAAUGGAAAUCAUCAAAUAUAUGUCAACUUAUUUAUUUACUUACAAAAUAUAAACAUAUACAUAAAAACAUUUUUAACACGUUUGAUUGGCUGUUAAGCAAAAUCCGUUUUCCAUUAUAUGUAUAUCAGAAGGCUAAUGUGGACAUUCAAAAUUGGGAACAAAUUUUUCACUUCAAUGUGAUGAAUAAUGAAUCGAUUGAAGGUGAAGAGGAAAAGGGAUCAAUUAGAGAAAUGGAAGAAAAACCGUCUGUCGUGAGUAUGGACAAUAUUAGUGAAGUUGAUAUCAAGAGUAUUAGGAGUUCCAAAUUGGAUUUAGAAGAAAGAAACCACGAUUUAGAAAAUAAAGGGGUGCAAUUUUGUAUUAACGAAUUUAAAUAUGACAAUUUGGGUUCUGCAAUGUGGGCCAUAAGUUCGCUUAACAGACAUGUAAUUAAGAAAAAAUAUUUCUUAAAUUUUUUUUAUUUUUUUUCAAUAUACUUUUCUUUACACAUGAAAUCCUUUUUAAAUGAAAAAUAUGGAAAUGUAUAUUAUUCUCCAAACUUGUUUAGAAACACAAUUGAGCAUAAUAUUAUGAAAAAGAAAUAUGAUAAUGAUGAAGACUUCUUACAGGAGAAUUCACACUUUUUUAAAUUUCCAUUGGAUUCUAUGACUAUAAGUAUUUAUGUGAAUACUUUUGCAAGAAAAAUAAAAAUCGGGUUCAAGUUUCUUUUCGAUGUUAUUUAUAACAAUUUAAAUAUCGUUUCUCAAUUCGCGCUUAAAGAGCUAUCCUACAUUAUGUACUCAUUAGCGAAUGUCCAUAGCAGCGCCUUGUCAGAUACUGUUUUUCAUAAUGAACACAUUUCAGAUGAGGCCUCUAUCGAUACUACAUGUGAAGGUGCUGAAAGAGAUGAUGUUAGAAGACGGUUUGGAAUGUUCCUCCACGGGAGUAGUAAUGCACUUUGGGUAGAUGAACAAGACGAUAUGUUCGAAAUGGUGGGAAGGGUUAGAAGUGAUAAUGGAAAAAAAGGGAUAGAGGCAAGUGAGAGAAAAAGUCCCGGUGAAGAUGAGAUAAACAAUGUAUUUCCUACGAGUGGAGAUAUAAUACAAACGAACGAUGCAAGUUCAUCUGUCAAGAGGAAUGAAAAGAGUGUAAAGAGGAAGAAAGAUUUUUUAAAAUUUAAAAACGAAAGAAUAAAGUUUUCAAAUAUAUUUUUAAACAAGCUUAUGGAAAAGAUACACAACUAUGCAUCAAGCAUAUUGGAAAAAGAAAAAACUUAUAUACAAGAAGCUACUUCAAAUGAAGUUCUUCACAUAAGUAAUGCAAAUAAAAAGAACAAGAUUGAAAUAAUUGAUCUUAUGAAAUUAAUCUACAGUUUUUUCAUUUUCUUAAAUCAAAAGAUUCAGAUGGAUGAAGUCAACGGAAUCAACUUCCAAAUGGCCGAGGACAUAAUCCACCUAUACAGUUUGAUUGUUAAGAGUUUCCCUAGCACUCUCAAUUACAUACAUGUCAUUAUUGACACAUACGCUCUCAUAAGCAAUGUGUAUGCAUUGGAUGAAUUCACUCGAGGCAUCAUAAAGGAGUUUGUUAAAAUUUGUAUAAAAAAGGUCGAAGAAGAAAAGAUUUUGGAUAUGGAAAAGAAAAAAAUUAUGCUGAGCAUACAAAAUUUGAAGGCCACCAACUGA